AUGGAGAGUCCCGCAUCUUUACUUGGCAACGUUUUCCAUCGGAGUCAUCUGAAACUUUUCCCCUCGGGAAAUUCCACCGGACAGUCCGCGCGGAUACCAUGCCGCCGAGCAGGCAGGGGGAGCGGGCCGCGCUCCGCGGGCCUUUGGCCGCUCGUGGUCGGAUGGCUGCUGUGCGCCGCCGCGGCGGAUGGAUGCCCGCACCGAUGCAGCUGCUCCGGGUCUCACGUGGACUAGGGUCAGGGAUUUAGGAGCGUGCAAGGGAUACCGAGAAACGCCGAGCGACUGGAUUUGAACAGAAACAACAUCACCAGAAUCACUAAGGUGGACUUCUCUGGCAUUAAGAACCUCCGAAUUCUUCAUCUGGAGGACAACCAGAUCAGCGUCAUAGAAAGAGGAGCCUUCCAGGACCUCAAACUGCUCGAGAGACUUCGUUUGAACAGAAACAAGCUCCAGUUUCUCCCAGAGCUCCUCUUCCAGUCCAACCCCAAGCUAGGACGACUGUGA